AUGCCGGAAGGUCCCACGGUGAGGAGGUUCUGCUCCCUGGCCUCGCCGUUUGUAGGCCAGCGGGUGACGAAGGUCGGCGGGAGCACAAAGCAGAUUGCUCUUCCGGACUUGAUGGAACAGCAGUUACAAGACUGUCAGGUGCACGGGAAGAAUUUAUACCUUGCGUUUGGAUGCAGCGUAACAAAAGAGAAAGCUGAUGAUGUGGAUUCGCAGGAUGACGGGAAGUCAGAUGAGGGCUGUUCAUUGACCGGUGAACCCUCCACAGCUCCUGGGGACCAGAGCGCGCCGGGAACAAGCGAGGAGACUCCGGUGCGCAAAUGGCUGCGCUUUCACUUUGGUCUGUAUGGAAGCGUGAGAGCCAAUGAGAUCGCCCGAGCUAAACAGGGAAACAAGAGAGGAGACUGGAAGGACCCGUCCCCCAGAUUAAUCGUCCACUUUGAUGGCGGGGGAUUCUUAGUCUUCUACAACUGCCGGAUGACAUGGUGCUCGUGUCCGUUUGUGGAGCCCACGUGUGAUAUCCUGUGUCCAGAGUUUGACAAGGAAAAGGCCCUUUGUGCCCUCUCCCAUCCCAGACCCGUCUGCAUCACCUUAAUGGACCAAUCAGUCUUCUCUGGAGUAGGGAACAUUAUUAAGAAUGAAAUCCUUUACUUGGCACGGAUCCAUCCCCUGUCACUGGGCUCUGCUCUUCCUGAGGAGACCCUGGUGGCUCUGAUAGACCAUGCCGUGACCUUCACUGCUGAGUGGCUGAGGGACAAGAUUAAGAGGAAGGCCCUGCACUACCACAUCUACAUGAAGGAGCAAUGUGAAGAUGGCCAUCAAGUCCUCAAAGAGGCCAUUGGCCCUCCGUACGGCCUGCAGAGGCUGACCUGGUAUUGUCCUACGUGCCAGAAGCUGGUCGGGUCUGGAGACGCGUUGCAGGGAACCCAGGAAUAA